UAAAAUUUGUUUUAUUUUCCAAUCCAGACCAAGUCCGGCAAGCUAAAAUAUUUAUAAUUUAUGCUAAGAAUUAAUCAGAAGUUCAAUUUUGUUAUGUUAGUUAAUUAUCUAUCAUUAUAAAAUACAAAAUAAGCAGAUGGAUACUGAAGAUAUUGACAUAAGUGAUGAAGAAGAAGAAGAAAUAACAGCUGAAUCAGUAUUAAAUAUUUUGAAAAACUCUUGGCAAAAUGAGCGGUUAACUCCUGAAAUACUACCUCAUCGGAAUGAUAUGGUGGAAUGUAUGCUUGGCCAGAUUCAGCAUAUGGAACGUAAUAUAAAUAAACUUCCAAAAACAGAUCUUCGAGCAUCAAUACAUAAGAUGGAAAUUAAUAGAAUUAAAUACAUAAUUUGUAACUAUCUGAAAACUAGAUUAAAUAAAAUAGAAAAAUAUUGUAUUACCAUAGUUAAUGAAGAGAGACAAAGAAUGGAAACAGGAACGAAUUAUUUAACUCCUUCUGAAUAUAGAUAUGCCCUAGAUUACAUUAAUAACAUGGAACAACAUUUAAAAAAUACAGUUCUUAAUCAUAUUCCAAGCAACAUGCAGUCUUUCGAAAAAAAUAAAAUGGCUGUAGUACCUAAUUUAUAUUCACAUGUAUUUCUUAAAGCAAAUGAAACUGUAACCGGUGUUAUUUUGGAGGAUGUAUUGGGUGAUCAGGAUGAAGAAAUUGACUUGGAUGAGGGGUCCCAGCACAUAUUGCAAUAUAAGCCUGUAGCUGAAUUAGUGAAAAAUGGAAAAGUACAGUUAGUUUAAUUAUUAAGACUGAUACCUUGAGAAGAAAUUGUUAAUUUGUCAUUUUCAAAAAGUGUUUCUUCAAAAGGUGUGAAAGGCUGUUUAUUUAAUAGCAACAUUUUAUCUUUCAUUAGAGCCACUUACAAAGUUAAAAAGCUAAUAAAUUAAAUUUUUAAAAAGAAUUAAUGUAGGGAAGAAGGUAUAAUAUACAAUUUUUGUAAUGUAUAUUUUUAUAAAUGUUAUAAAAAUAAACAAUUUUUAAUGAUGAA